AUGGUAAAAGGCGGAAAGCGGCAUUUUUCAGUGAGCACUGAUUGCAAAUGGUUUGCUCAUCCAGGUUUAUCAGAAAAUGAGACAAAGACUCGAGAGAACUGUACAAGCACUGGGACCAUGCUGACUCAAGUGAAGUCAUCGUUGCCUCAGGCUUUAAACUUUCAGCGCUAUCCUAAAUGGAAAAGUCAGCAGAAAUCCAGAGAGUAUCCCUUCUCAGACCAUGACAACAAGCAUGCCUUGAAAGACGACGUCAUUGUAUUCUCUCAUAGUGUGGGAAGGAGGAAGUGUCUUGAUGAUCGCAGACAGCACAUCUCCCGUUUCUGCCUGUGCCAUGGUGGAACUGACAAUAGCACCAAAGAGACUCGAGGGAAUGUCACAGCCUACCAGAGUGACUUCAUAGUGAAAGAGGUUGUUGACUCUGCAUCCAUAAACCGGCGCUUCCCUCGCAACCACAGGCAGAAGUCUGCAGAGGCAGCUUUGGCACAGGCGGGGGAGACGUUUAUGUGGUUCGGACGAGACGAUUCUGACCAGUCUGACACCCUGCAAGUGCUGGCAGCUACCAACUGCUCAGCACCAUCCAAGCCUUAA